AUGCGCAGCUACAAUGCUGACUUCGAGGAGAAGAAUGCCCAGGUUCUGGGCAUCAGCUGCGACGCCCGUCCGUCCCAAACCGCGUAUUCGACAUCGCUAGGCAACUUGCCGUACCCGCUGCUGUCGGACUUCCAUCCCAAGGGAGCGAUGACGCAGGUUUAUGGCAUUUUCAACGAAGAGCGAGGCGCACCAAACCGCGCCAUCUUCAUCAUAGACAAGGAAGGCGUCAUUCGCUUUAAGCGCCUCUAUGACAGCGCCAGGGCUCUCGAUCCCAAGGACAUCCUCUCAGAAAUCGACAAGCUCUAG